GACAGAGACAGAGACAGAGACAGAGACAGAGACAGAGACAGAGACAGAGACAGAGACAGAGACCCUUCCUCUGAAAUAAUGAGGCUCACUGUAAUCCCGGGGACGAGAGGGAGCACAUUGAUAAACGCCUCGACUGAAAGGACAUCCUGUCACUCAUAAACGCUACCUCAGUGCUCGUGGCAUGCGUGGCGUCCGCCCAGCCAGGGCAAUUUGGAAGUACCCAGGGCAGUGAGAGGAAGCACACGGGGGCACGGCGGGCGGCGUGAACACAGUGGCUCUAUUACCCCUCGUCAUGUACAUGAAGGCUGUUACAGUCCAUCUUCUCGUUCAGGAGUGCACGCCGAGCACAAUACACACAAUACAAAACAAGCACUGUUGCAGAGAGGUCUACAGUUCACUCACCCUGAGGAGGGAAUGGGACUGUACCACUGGAGCGGAGGGACUGGUUGGACUGUACCACUGGGACGGAGCUGUAGCGUAGCCAGCAGAGAGGGACUGUGGCUGGGGGCUCUCUAGUCUGAGGUUUUGGUGGCUGUGCUGUCCUCGUGUCCGGAGAGUGGCUCUGCGGAGCUGAGCGUGGCCUCCCAGUGGGCCGGCGAUGUCCGGAACCGCACGCAGGUCAGCAGAGACAGAACCUGCAUGGAGAACCAGCAGUACCUGCACCAGGGCCUCUGCUGUCUGAACUGCCAGGCCGGUACCUAUGUGGAGAAAGCCUGUGAGGCAGACCUGGAGCCUGGCAGCUGUCUUCCUUGUCAGCACGGUCAGACCUACACCGAACACUCCAAUGGGAUGAGCCGCUGUCUGCCCUGCAUUCACUGCCGCAACGACCAGAUCAGGACGAAGGAGUGCACGGUGACCACAGACACACAGUGCAUGUGCAGGAGCGGCUAUUUCUGUGUGCCCGAGCAAGCUUGUGAAGUCUGCAAGAAGUGUGCCCGGUGCAAACCGGGAGAGGAGGAAGUCACAAAAUGCACCUCCGUCUCCAACACGGUGUGUCAGAAACGGGACCCGUCUCCCCCCCUCCGCCCCACUGAGCCCCCUCCCAUCUCCUCCACCUCCCCAGAGACCAUAGCCGUCCCUGUGGUUGUGGUGCUUUUAUUCCUGGUCAUUGUCCUUGUCGGUGUUUGGUUUCUGAGAAAGCGCUUCUGUGUGAGCUCAUGUUCACAAAGCCAGUGUGACUCCAGUGAGAUUGUCAAGAUUCCCAUUGGUGAGAGCGCUCCCACUGCAGAGGAGAGGCAGAACUGCCAGAACGCCGGUCUGGAGGGGAAGGAGGUGCGCUCCGAGUUCAGGCCCCUCCUGCAGGAGACUGGGCAGGCCGGGCUGAGCAAGGCCUCCCCUCCCCUGGAGGAUGAGGACCGGGGCCUGGGAGACAGCCUGCCCAACACCACCAGCUCCUCCCAGACCAGCCUGUCCGCCAUGCCCAUCAACAACACCUCCUCGGGCUCCGGCAACUCCCCCAGGCCGAGCCCCUCCACCAAGCCCAGAGUGACACCUGAAGUCGGGGAUGAUCCUCUGCAGAGCAAGCUGGUGCCCCUCCAAGGAGAGGAAGCAUCUCUGAAGGCCAGUUUCGACCUCUUCGACAAGCACCUGGAGGUGCAGAUCCACAACAAGUUCUUCCGGUCCAUCGGGGUGAGCGACAACCACAUCCGCAUCGCGGAGAACGCCCACCCCAGCGACAAGGUGUACGAGGUGCUGAAGAGCUGGAUGCAGAGAGAGGGCCUUAAGGCCGACAUCAACGCCCUGCUCCAGGCCCUGCUCACCCUGGACCAGAGGAGGUCGGCCGAGAGCAUCGCCGUGGAGGCCAUCCAGCGAGGCUUCUACAGGCACGCGGAGGCCCCUCAGACGCACCCCUCUGGGGGGGCGCUGCAUAAGAGAUGAGCGGCGCGGACGAAACCGAAACAAAACACACACACACAAAUGAAAAAGACGAACAAAGAACGUUUUAAAGAGGACGGAACCGGAACUGACUUUGUUUAUGUGGUCUUGCGAGGUGGCGUUGGCAGCUGACAGAGUGAAGCGGGCCAAGCGUCGAGUUUGGCCCCCAGGUGGUCCAGUGCCUUCAGGAAAAUACGAAACACGAAAAAUAUGGAUGUUUGUGAGAUGGAUGGUUGGCCCCAUCGUGUUCACCUUUGCCAAAACGGCUUGGUGUUUUAUCCACGAUUGCCAAUGAAUUUUCUUGUAUUUUUUUGCUUGUUUUGAAACAUGAAUGCAUGGGUUAUCCAUCUCACUGUUUUACACACGGAUGGUUUUCUUUCAAAAAGCUUCAAGGGUCAAGUGUUUUGCCCUUAAUAACGUAUGGCUUUAAAGCUAAAUACAUAGAGCUAAAGUUUUUUUUUAAAAACUAAAAAAAAAAAAAAUUUAGGGAUGAGUUGACCCUGAUCUUAAGAUCGUGUCAUCGCCAUAUCUUUGGUAUUCCAAGUGUCAGCUGGGUGGAAGUGAACCUACCUUUCUCCCUGGCCCCAGUUCUCAGGGCCCAGGCCCCAAAGCCUGUUCUGUACCAUGAGACAGGGAUAUACACUGGCAUUAGCUGUGUCACUGAAACUGCAUGCAUCUCCUCCAUGCACAGGUCUGUGGCACAUGUAGGUUCUAGAACUACAGUACAGGUAGCACAUGCUCAUUGGCAUGUGUACUGUUUAAGACUACAGGCAGAGAAGUGCAGUAUGUUAGCCAUACGCAUUCUGCUGUUGACCUGUAGUCUACAGGAAAACAUGGACCAUAUUAUGAUGGCUUAAAAUGCAGGCUUCGAGGUAAAAACAAGCAAACGUGUAAAACCUCAUUUUGCCAUAGUUCAACAUGGUCCACUUUGAUAUUUACAUGCUUUUGUGUGUAAAUCUGGUUAAUAAGUCAUGAGGUUGGAGGCUGGACUGAAUGUUUUUAGACAUCCUUCCUUGGUCUUUUCUAUGUUCAGUGUUAAUACUCACCCCACACAUUUAGUAUGGAGAUGUCAGUAGCUAUUUCUUUUAGAAAGACUGUCAAUGGGUUUAGUCAAAUAUACUUCUCCAGAACAUCCUCAGAACACUUGGAGCCUUUUUAGUUCCAUUGUUUUAUUUAUUGACGUAUUUAUUUUUACAUGGAUGCUAAUUAUGUGUGAUUAUUUAUACCAUAACGGCCCUGGAAAAUAUAAGCACAGGUCAAUUUUGUUUUGUGACUAUGCACGUUAGCCACAGGAUGGAAUAGCCGCAAUCAGAACAACAGGUGUUGCUGAAAACUGCGGUAUUGGAGUUCGAGUCUCUUCAUGCCUGACGCGCUGAUGGGAGGGUUCGGUUCAGCGAGACCGUAGAGCAGUGUCAUGACUACAAUUAGUUACAUACCAGCAAUCUACAUUGACGGUAUCACGAACAAGUAAAGCGGUCAUAAAUAUUCAAGUCGUGUCCCUUGUUGAGUCAAACCGGGCAUGUGUCAGUGGACGUGUGGCUUGAGGGGGGAAGUUCCUGUUCGGGCCCCUUUUACGUGCGUCAACCACGACAUGAAACAUAGGUACGCUAUCAUGGUGUUUUCUCCUGAUUAAAGAUGAAGGAAACAUGUUCUGGAUAUCAAAGGUAUUUUUAGGUACCUUCGGUCCUUUGAGUAAACAUUUCUACCAAGCAAUAUGCUUGUAAAAAAAAAAGGUUUUAUUAGAAAAAAAGAAGGAUUAAAUGAAGUUUAAAACUAACAGACACGUCAACGUAAGAUGUAAAUCCGUAAUCCUAAACACUAACAUAUUAUACAAGGCGUAAAAACCAAGUUUAGACCUUUUUUCUGCAGGGAAGUAAGCACAUGAUGUAAAGAGGAAAAAAUUUUAUUUUAUAGCUAAAAAUUACAGUGCUGGCACUGCCAUCUAUUGACUGACAAUGAAUAAAACAGUCUGCAUCGAUUUCUACGGGCCCUAUUUUGUCUUUAGCUGCGUAACGCUUAACAUGUCCUUUCAAACACAACAUUUCCGUUAAAACUGUCUGAUGCUCUUUAUAUGAAGUAUGAAUUGGCUUCCCUGUUAAUUGUCUCAACUUUGUGAGAAGAUUGUACUUUUUAUUUCUUUAUUUUGAUACUGUAACAUGCAAGUCUCACGUUCUUCUUGUAUUUUCACUCUAGCUUUACUUGUUUGCCUUUUUUUCCAUGUAAAGACUUAACACUUUACUUUUAUUUCUGUCUUUUUCUCCCUUUGACAAUUGUUUGCUUGUUUAUGGAUUUCAAAUGCAAAUAUGGAAAGACGUGUAUUUAGCCCAUUUUGAUUAAAGGUUUUGUACAUACGGUC